AUGGGGAAAGAGAGAAAAAUAAAGAAGACUUGCAACAGCUAUUCUGAAUUUAUACAUCUCCUUGUGAAACAGUGUCAGAAUUCCAUCUUGUAUGAUGGUGGUCUCAUGCAAAAUAUUUGUUCUUUCUUGGCUAAGCUUUCAGUGAGCCGAAUUAGAGGCUUCAGGCAUGCCAGCACUUUAGCAGGUCUAAAUCUGUUAACAAUACUUCUGGAAGUAGCACAUGAGAUUGAAACAAACAUGAAUGAAAUUCAGGGACAGUGGGAUAAAGAGAAAACAAAUGAUUCUGAUGAAAUUACAGUAGCACGGCUAGAUUUACUUGAGUCAAAUCUCAAUGAGCUUGAAGACAAUAUGCAAGAACUACAGAAUAUGGUUUGGUUCCUGUUUGGUGCCAUUGUAGUUCAUAGACUGAGGGAUGUGUGUGCAGAAAUUCGAGUACUGUGUUGUGAGAAUCUUGGAUCAUGGAUAAGGACGUACCAUGGAACGUACCUACAAGAUAAAUACCUCAAGUAUAUUGGGUUUUUGUUGUAUGACUCAUCUCCAGAUGUAAGGAUGAGUUGUGUGCAGGCAUUGCUCCCGUUGUAUGCAUCUGCUGAAUUGUGUAUGAAGCUGGAGCAGUUCACAAAAAAAUUUUUGAAACGGCUUGUCUGUAUGACAUUAGACAAGCAGAUUAAUGUUUCUGUGCACACUUUUAAGAUUCUUACUUUUAUUUACAGGUGCUUUGGAAGUGAAUUGUUAUCCACAGAUAGUGAGAAUUUAUACUUACUAGUGUUUUCAAAGUAUUUAUCUGUUGCACAAGCUGCAGGGGAGUUUCUUUUACUUGUAUUUGAGGAACAGAAGAAAAAAGAUAAUUCAAGCCUUUUGGAAAAUAUUGUUUGUUUCUUCUCUGAGGCUGGGUAUCCUGAUCAUGCCAGAUGCCUGGUGGAUGCAUUGUGGGAUAAUUGCGAUGAGCUGAGAAAUUGGCCCGAAAUGUCCAGACUUGGAAUGGUGCAAAAUGACACUGGCAACCUGCCAGCAGUAAAAAUUAUUGUAAGUUGCAUAGAGUGUGCAGUUUCUGGUAAAUCAGUGAAAGGCGAUGCAAAAUUAGGGCAAAAAAAGAGACAACAGUUGGAGAAAAUGAAAGAAGAAUUUGAACAUAACAGACAAAAUAUAACAGAACAAUUCCUUACGUCACUUCCUGAAAUGAUGCUUUCUAACAUCUGUGAUGUGGAUUCCAUAAAGUGCUUAUUGACCAUUCCUCCUCAUUUCAAAAUGGAAAUGUUUGGCAUGCCACAGUUUCAAGAGAAGCUCAAUACACUUUUGAGAAUCAUCAAAAAAAUCUUUGUUCGAUAUGCAGAUGAGGAGGUUGUGAAUGGCUGUACAAAUGUUUUCAAAUUUUUCCAUAAGGAAGAUGCUCCCACAUUCAACACAACUGAUAUUUUAUUGAAUAUUUUGGCUGAGAAGACACUCAAGCACUACAAGAAGAGCAUAAUUCGAUGGUGUCAGAUGGACAAAGAACAACCAAUGGAAAAUGAAGUCCUGAUAUCUUGGACAAGAAAGCUGUGUUGCCUUUACAAGUGCAGUGACAUGAGUAAUCACAGCCUGUUGAAAGAAGCCAUGCACAGUAUUUUUAACCAUUUGAAUCAGGUGCAAUCCUUACCAGAUAAGGUAUUGGUUCUGCUUGCGAAAAUAUGCUUUUUCGAAUUGAUGUGGCGGCUCAAGAAACUAAAGGAUCAACAUGAGGAUACAGAAGAAAGUGUCAGAUGUUUAGCAGAAGAUGUACAAACAUAUUUUCAGGUUCUAAGAACUAUUUUGACAACAGAUAAAGUGGUUGUUAAAGUAUCGGUAAAAGAUGAGAUUUUUUUAAUUCUGUGUGAUUUCCUACAUGCAUUUGGGGCAAAAGCUACAAGGGCUCAUGGAUUUGCUGUACUUACUUGUGCACCUGACAGUCAACUCCAGUCUGACAUCAACCGCCUUAUUCAGGAGAGAUUGUUGGCAGACGAGGAUUCGUUUAAUGAAACAUCUGGUGAUGACCAACUAAAAACGAGAUCAAAUAUGUGUAAAAUGAUUUUAGCUGGAUAUUGCAAAUUAAUAAUUUAUGAUGUUUUACCUUUGACACCAGUUCCAUAUCUACUUUUGUACUACUGUAAAUUUCAGGACUGUGAGGAUAUUGUUAUCUAUAUGAUGGAUAGGCUACUGGAAAUCGAAAGUGCAGGCUUUGGUCUGUCCAUUAUAAAAAGUCUAAAAGUGCUGUAUACAUAUAUUAGAAAGGAAGAAAAUUGGCAUGAAGGUUUAGGGGAAUUAAAGGCACUAUGUAAUAAAAUUUUUGGGGCAUUAAAAAAACAUCCACAGAAGUCUGAAGCCGCCAUACAGGUUAUUCAUCUGAAUGGUAUAAAUUAUGUUGCUGAACAAAAUGAUGUAAUAUCUCAUCUUUCAUUCUUGGAAUUGCUUUCAGAAUUUUGCAAGCAAAUAUCAGACGGACUAUCAAAAGUCAUAGGUAAUCACUUGGAGCAGAAAAUUCCUGCCCCAGAUACCAGGACCGCCGCUGAUGAGUGGAGCUCAUACAAGAUAUACAAAACUGCACUGGCAGCUGCAGAUAAAAAGAAAAAAGUAGAAAUAGGAAACUUAAAAUCUGAUAAGAAGGAGAGAGAAACUAAAGAUCGGAAGAAAGUUAACCCAACAUCAUCAGAGACUAAGAAAAUGAAGAACAAGAAUAAAAAGAGCAAAAGAAGGGGCACGUUGGAGGUGUUUAUUCAUCCUGCGCCUCAGCCAACAGCAGCAAGCACGCCAAUGCCUCCUCUGUCUGUUACACCCAGCAUUGAAGAUACAAGUGUUCCUCCAUCUCAGAUAUUAAUGACCUAA